AGUAUUAUAAAAAGAAAAGAGAAGCAAUAGUCCAAAUUAGGAUCCUUCUUUUUCAAUCCAUCCUUCAAAUUCUAUCUCAUUCCAAUUUUUUCUUUUGUGGGAUUUUCUUCUUUAAUAUGACAUCUCAAGCUAGCCUUCUCCUUCAAAAACAGCUCAAGGAUCUUUGUAAACAUCCGGUGGAUGGGUUCUCUGCUGGUUUGGUGGAUGAAUUUAAUAUCUUUGAGUGGAGCGUCACCAUUAUUGGACCCCCUGAUACUCUCUAUGAAGGGGGAUUUUUUAAUGCUAUCAUGAGCUUUCCAUCCAAUUAUCCAAAUAGCCCUCCAACUGUUAAAUUCACCUCGGAGCUAUGGCAUCCUAAUGUUUAUCCCGAUGGGCGUGUUUGCAUAUCUAUUCUUCAUCCACCAGGUGACGAUCCAAAUGGCUAUGAGCUUGCAAGUGAACGCUGGAUGCCUGUCCAUACAGUUGAAAGUAUAGUUUUGAGCAUCAUAUCAAUGCUUUCAAGUCCAAAUGACGAAUCUCCCGCAAAUGUCGAAGCUGCAAAGGAAUGGAGAGAUAAGAGAGAUGAUUUCAAGAAAAAAGUUAGCCGAUGCGUUAGAAAAUCACAAGAAAUGUUGUGAUCCUUCACUUGUGCAUCAAUCAACUCUUCGUAUGUACCAAGAAAUGUCUUUUAUUAUUACAGGUGGGGAAAGGGGGAGAGAGUGGAUCAUCGGGUAAUUUGUUGUCAUUGUAGACGCAUUUAAGAUUCUCUCGCCCGUUUUUUCUUUGCUUGGUCAAUGUUACAAAUCAAGAACAGUGCUGUAUUUUGAAAGACAUUUUGGUUAGUGUUCUUCUCAAGAGUUUAUCUUGUGAUUGACUUGCAUUUUUGUUUUUGGUCAUUUUGGUACGGAAUUGGUCUGAGUCUUUGUACAGGUUUUGAUGGAAUUUGGUUCUUGAAUCAAGUUGGUCUGAUUUUUCACUCUA